AUGGUUUACUUUCAGGUAGUUGCUAAGUUAUCAAAUGUAUAUCCAAAGGACACAGAAGCUCCAGCUGGUGGUGUUGAUCACAUGACAAAACUAUCAUAUUUGCAUGAGCCAGGAGUCCUGCAGAAGUUAAGAAUUAGAUACGAACUCAAUGACAUUUUUUAUGCCAAAUUUUCUUCAUGGGCAUUUACUAAAAAUGUGUUUUAUCACGUUCAGGUAAGAGGCCAAACAUUGAGUUGGAUAAAGAGCAUUAUAGAACAGAUGGUCAUUGCAAAUGGUGGAAAAAAGGCGGUAGACCAAACAUCGAGUUGGAUAAAGAGCAUUAUAGAACAGAUCGAGACUCCUGACCUCAAAAAGGUAGUUGCUAAGUUAUCAAAUGUAUAUCCAAAGGACACAGAAGCUCCAGCUGGUGGUGUUGAUCACAUGACAAAACUAUCAUAUUUGCAUGAGCCAGGAGUCCUGCAGAAGUUAAGAAUUAGAUACGAACUCAAUGACAUUUUUUAUGCCAAAUUUUCUUCAUGGGCAUUUACUAAAAAUGUGUUUUAUCACGUUCAUUUAAGAGACCAAACAUUGAGUUGGAUAAAGAGCAUUAUAGAACAGAUGGUCAUUGCAAAUGGUGGAAAAAAGGCGGUUAUCAUCUUAAUUUUUUUCAUUUAUUUAUUUUGUAUUGAGUUUAUAUAUUGUUUAAUAUAUUAUUUAUGUAAUAAAAUAAUUGCAAUUAUAGGUAGAAGCUCGCUUACACUCACUUACUAUCCAAUUAUAGGUAGACCAAACAUCGAGCUGGAUAAAGAGCAUUAUAGAACAGAUCGAGACUCCUAA